GGGAGGAGCAAACGGUCGGCUUUACCAAGUUGCGUCCACACACACACACACACACACACAGCAGGAUGUGUGGUGGAAGCGAGCGCUCAGUUGAGAGUUAGAGCAGCACGUCGGGAAGUUGCCGAACCACACCGCUGUUUAUGGACCUUUUCACCAUCCGAGCCGAGGGAUGGCUAAGAUCCGGGUCUCGUAUGAGUACUCGGAGGCGGAGGACCGCAGCAUUCGGCUCGGCCUCUUCCUGAUCGCUUGCGGCGUGCUGUCGCUCUUCAUCCUGUGCUUGUGCUGGCUGAACCCGGCGCUGCAGAGUCUGCGCAGCCGCCCGGCCAACUGCACGGUGCUGAGCGUGCGCCGCCUGGACGAGCGCUUCGAGUGCGUGUUCACGUGCGGCGCGGACUGUCGCGGCACGUCGCUGUACCCCUGCCUGCAGAUUUUCGUCAACAACUCGGCAUCCGGCGCCGCCGCGCUGCUCCACUACGACGAACAGCAGCUGCUGCUCAACCCCAAGUGUUCUUAUGUCCCCAAAUGUGAGCGAGAUAACCAGAAGAUGCGAGAAGAGAUCCUAAGGUUACAACACUACUGGAGUGAAGAGGGUAGUAACCAGUCCUUCACAUGCUUCUUCAAUCCUCAGAGGAGGCCAGAUGAUGUGCUUUGGCAACGUUCCCAUGAUGCCAGCGUGUUUUUGCACUGCGUGCUGUGGCCGAUGCUGAGUCUGCUGGUCGGGACACUCAUCGUACUCCUUACAGUCUGUGCUCGCAGUUUGGCCGUGCGAGCCGAGGCCAUUCAAAAGCGGAAGUUCUCCUAAGAACCACUGUGGACUGACAGACAUUCAUUUGGUUUCUGAGGUGUGCCUGCUUGCAAAGCUGUGGAGCAUCUAUAGCUGAAACGAUGCGAUAUGUUCCAUGUGAGGCUAAAAGCCCAGGAAGUGUGGGCCGUUCUGGUGUCACUGCUUUAGUAAGUCCAGAUUACUUAGGCCUAGCUGAGGACAAUCUCAAUAUCAUUUUCAUAGGAGUAGAAGUACCCAUGCGAUGCUUGUUGUUUUUUGUUUGUCAAAGGUGUGUAGGGCUGGUCCGACAAAAUAAAAAUGCUGUUCUUAAGGUGUAUUUGUGGUUAUGUCUAUUAAAGCCAUAUAGACAAACAGUAGGCUACCCAAAGCAACUUUGUUGUAAUGAUGAUCUGUUUUCAUUCCACUUCAGUGCUUGUCUCUCCAUACCAUAUUAAGCUGUGUGAUCUGUGCCUAUUUUAGAUCCUACAGAACAGGCUAAGCUAUCAGUAGCAAGGUCUGAUGCUUUAAGUAGCAUUUGCUAAUGUAGCAAGAAAUUAAACAUUGUCUAUUGAGUAGCUAUGUAUUUGGGCACCUUUUUCUACCUCUUCCGUGUCUCGUGCAUUGGCAAAUAUGCCAUUAACAUUCCUUUAUUUAAACUUUUUCAUGUCUCAUAGAUUAUUGUUAAUAACUCACGCAAGUGUAAUACACACUGCUUUACCUUAUGACACCCUUAGCAUGUGAUGCUAUAUUGUUGAUUGUUUAUUGAAUUCUGGCUUGAGUUAUUGUAACUCAGAUUUCUUAUUAUGACUUAUGUCACUUAAACAUCAGUGUCUUGAACAUCAGUGACUAAUUUAUAUCAGUACGUUAUACACAUCAGUCAUUUGAAACAUUUAGGGCCGUACUCGGAGUUGGUGGCUUACGCCGUUAACUGCAGUACAAAAGAUAUGCUAAUAUAUAUGCAGGGAAAGUUCUCCAUAUCCAGAUUUGAUCCAGUUUGAUCAUGGUAAUGUACAGCAAAUAAUAAACAAUAAUGGUGAAGCAGACAAAUUAUCACACAAAUUUUCAACUUUUCACCACAUAGUGCACUGUUUGGUGGUGCAGCUAUUUUGUAGCAUUGUCCAAGUUCUUCAUAGACAAAUUGCAUUCCCUGGCUAGUUUACAAUAUUUUUAUUCGUAGUGCAUUGUAAAUUCCAGUGUCCAACCAAUACAUGCUACAUCCACACUAAAUACCACAAUGUACUGUAUAAUGAAUUUCUUUCAGCUCGAAAUGUGCUUAACAGUAUGAACAUUGGAGUAUACGAAGUGCUGCUAGUGAGAUCCAUACUUAAUAAAAAAAGAUGACAAGAACAAGGAUAAUUAAGUAGUGGGAACAAGAUAAUUAAGUCAUGGCCACAUUUUCAUAAGGCUAUAUGAUUGUGUUGUGCAUCGAAACUAGUAACACCAUCGAAUAGGCAGUAAGAUUUGGAGAGGACAAAAAAAAACAAAACAAAAAAAACAGUUGCAGCAUCUUAUCAAGUGAAAAUAUUUUGAACACUGUAUAGUCAAUUAUAUCUAGUAUUUCAUAUUAUAAAGUUUACAAUAAAUCAAAUAUAAGAUUAUAUGCCUAUUUGUAGCUUCUUCUUCUUCUUCUUCUUCUUUUUUUUUUUUUUUUACUAAU